GCAGAUAGUGUGGGAAGAAGAGAAAAACAACGCUGUUUCUCUUCAGUGCUCUCUUAAUUACUGCAGAGAACAUGGAAAAUGUUUUCAUAGAAUGGAGUUAGAGCACCUGAAGAGGCUACGUCAGGCCAACCAGGAACUUCUACAAAGGCUCAGAAUGAAGCAGGAAGAGAUCAGAAAAAGACUUCCCAGCAAGCCACUCUUUCCAGCAUCUCUUCGUAAUAGAAUAUCUACUGAAAGAUCUGUCCCUGUGGCCAAGAGAGGGAAGGAAAGUCAGGUCAAUGCUGUGACGUGUACAGCUGACCCUGCAAUGUUGGUGUCUGUGGAACCCGGAGCUCACGCAGCCAGAGCAGCCUUCUGUUCAUCUCUUAAACACAGCAGCAAUGACAGAGGAGUACAGCAACAACAAGCGAAGAUGCACAAAGCAGUAGGUUUGGGUUCCAGCUUUCCUGGGAAAGAGGAGAAUGUUAUGCCAGUGUCUGCAAUCAUUAUGUGUGGCAAAGAAACCUCCAGAGUGGAUAGGGAUGGCUAUGCUCGAGGAAGUCCAGAGAAAGAAUCCUUCCUGCUGGGACAUGGAGAAAACAGGAAACAGUCCACUCUGCUACAUGGUUUCCAUGAGAAGAAACAGCUUAAGGGUCAUCUGGACCCAUCACUGAGCAGAAUACAAAGUGAAGAGACCAGUAAGCAGCAUGUGGUCAUUAGAGAGCCUAUAAUCCCUAAAUCAAUCUUGCUGACAUCUCCGUCCAAAGAGUUGAAGAAGGAAGCUGGUCAUGUGACUUUUCAGUCUGACCCUGAAGAAUAUACCAUACCUGUGAGCAGCUGGUCUGUGCGUCCUUUCCUGGGCUAUGACUGGAUUGCAGGGCUCCUAGAUACAAACUCUUCAGUAGUAGAAGAAUCUGACCAAUACUUUGCUGAGCUGCACGAGUUCCGACAGGCCAACAGAGAAGCAUGUGUUCAUGAGCAGCACCUGGAGCCUGAGACUUUGGAUGCCAUAGUUCCUGAACAAGAACCAGAUUUGAUAACCAGUUUGCAUAAGUGUGUUUACUGUUAUCGAUUAAACCAGCGCCUCUUCACUGUCCCUGUGGAUUCAGAAUCUGCCUGCCCCGUGUGUAAGAUCCCACGUACUCAGCAGCCUGCAGAGACACUGGAAGAGCCAGCCUAUGUCAGGGUCAGCAUUCCCAGGUCUACCCUUAUGCCUGCCUACAAAUACAAAGCCCAUCGCAGGAAGAGCUUUGAACCAGCAGACAAUCUAGCAUUACCUUCGCAUUGCCUGGCUGGCUGGGAAAAUAUCAUCCCUUCCAGCAAUCCCAGGCUCAGCAGUUUGGAUCUGCAAGGUUCACUGGAAGAGAAGCCUUCUCACCAUCCUCGCCUGAACUCGGUGUCCAGAGUGUCAGGAGGAACCAGAACUGACCAGCCUCUGAACCUGACCCACUUGACACACUUCAGAUUUAGCAGUGGUUCUCAGCAGAGGGAGCAAAACAAACCAGGACACUACAGAGCAGCUCCAAAUUUAAAUCCGACUGCCUCAACUCUCUGAACCACUGACAUGAUUGCCCUGGGGAAGGGAAGGGCAUAGGGUGUGGAAACAACUCUAUUUGGAUAAAAAUAAAUCUUUGAACAGAUUUUUCCUAGUUUUCAUAGUCGUGCACAUA